UAUGCAUUUUGUGUGCGAUGGCCUUUAGUGCCACAAUACAAAAAAGACUAACCAGUAGAAUAAUAAAGAACAGAGAACAGUGACGAGAUUCAGUAUUCAGUGAGUGUCCAUCAUAGAAAGAGGAAGAAGCGACAAAAUCGCAGCCAUGCACGCUACGUUCUGAUAUUAAAACGUUGUUUACUGAGGUGUAUUCAACGUAGCGAUAAUGAAUACGAAGGAAAAGGAGAAGUAUAUCGAAGAAUUUGAUUUUCCAUAUUGUGAUGAAUCUUCGAAGUAUGAAAAAGUCGCAAAAAUUGGCCAGGGCACCUUUGGAGAAGUGUUUAAGGCCAGAGACAAGAAAACGAAUAAGAAGUUUGUUGCGAUGAAAAAAGUACUAAUGGACAAUGAAAAAGAAGGAUUCCCUAUUACAGCAUUACGAGAGAUAAAAAUAUUACAAUUACUGAAACAUGAAAAUGUUGUCAAUCUUAUAGAGAUUUGUAGGACACGAGCAACCCAGUACAAUCGAUACCGUUCUACUUUUUAUCUAAUAUUCGAUUUCUGCGAACAUGACUUGGCUGGUUUGUUGUCAAAUGUAAAUGUGAAAUUUAGCUUAGGGGAAAUAAAAAAAGUCAUGCAACAGUUGUUAAAUGGUCUUUAUUAUAUACAUAGUAAUAAGAUUUUGCAUAGAGAUAUGAAAGCUGCUAAUGUUCUAAUAACAAAAAACGGUGUACUAAAAUUAGCUGACUUUGGCUUGGCACGAGCAUUUAGUACAAAAGGUUCGAAUCGUUACACAAACAGAGUGGUUACUCUUUGGUACCGACCACCAGAGCUUCUACUUGGUGAUAGAUGUUACGGACCUCCUGUGGAUUUAUGGGGAGCUGGUUGUAUCAUGGCGGAAAUGUGGACAAGGUCUCCUAUAAUGCAGGGUAACACUGAGCAGCAACAGCUUAUAUUGAUCUCACAAUUGUGUGGCUCGAUAACGACUGAGGUGUGGCCUGGAGUUGAGAACUUAGAUUUAUUUAACAAAAUGGAGCUUCCUAAAGGACAAAAAAGAAAGGUGAAGGAAAGAUUAAAGCCGUAUUUGAAGGACCCUUACGCCUGCGAUUUACUAGACAAACUCUUAAUUCUUGACCCUACCAAGAGAUGCGAUUCCGAUUCGGCGCUCAAUCACGAUUUCUUCUGGACUGAUCCGAUGCCAUGCGAUCUCAGUAAAAUGUUGGCGCAGCAUACUCAAAGCAUGUUCGAAUAUCUGGCACCACCGAGACGACCUGGCCACAUGCGUCAUCCGCACCAUCAAGUACCUGGGGGACCAACCAAGUCGAGUUCCAGCAUGGCCGAUAGUGGAUACCAAGAUCGCGUUUUUUAGUACAAUAAAUGUGAUUACAAUAUUUAUGUAAUAUAAACAUUUUAUAAUUUAUAUAUGCAUAUAUAUAAAUUUUUAUAUGAAAGAUUAUUUUGUAGUUACAAUUCCAUCUUGACUUUAUAUUUGUAUAUAAUUUU